AUGGGCCCACAGUGGUCCCCAGGGCAGGGGCGAGAGCCUGGGCUGGGGGACAGGGGGCUGCAGAGAUCCGAGAUCUUUGAGACAUCAGAUGGGAAGGUCUACGUAGUGAUGGAGCUCGGGGCCCAGGGCGACCUCCUCGAGUUCAUCAAAACCCGGGGAGCCCUGCACGAGGACGUGGCGCGCAAGAUGUUCCGCCAGCUCUCCUCGGCCAUAAAGUGCUGCCACGACAUGGAUGUCGUCCACCGCGACCUGAAGUGCGAGAACGCUCUCCUCGACAAGGACUUCAACAUCAAGCUGUCCGACUUCAGCUUCUCCAAACGCUGCCUGCAGGACGACAGCGGCCGCAUCAUCCUCAGCAAGACCUUCUGCGGGUCGCCAGCGUACGCGGCCCCCGAGGUGCUGCAGGGCAUCCCCUACCAGCCCAAGGCAUACGACAUCUGGAGCCUGGGCGUGAUCCUCUACAUAAUGGUCUGUGGCUCCAUGCCCUACGAUGACUCCAACAUCAGGAAGAUGCUGCGCAUCCAGAGGGAGCGCCGCGUCCACUUCCCGCGCUCCAAGAACCUGACGGGCGAGUGCAAGGACCUCAUCGAACGCAUGCUCCAGCCCGACGUCGACCGGCGGCUGCACAUUGACGAGAUCCUCAGCCACUCGUGGCUGCAGCCCCCCGAGCCCAAGGCCAUGUCUUCUGCCUCCUUCAAGAGGCAGGAGGAGGGCAAGUACCGGGCCGAGUACAAGCUGGACACCCGGCUGGGCUCGAGGCCCGACCACCGGCCUGAGCACAAGCUGGGGGCCGAAACCCAGCACUGACUGCUGGUGGUGCCGGAGAACGAGGACAGGAUGGAAGACCGACUGGCCGAGACCCCCAGGGCCAAAGACCAUCACGUCUCCGGAGCUGAGGUGGGGAAAGCGAGCCC